AUGCGUAAAGAGAAAACCUGCGUAGAAAACCAGACCAGGGAAGAGCGGCCGUUGAAACCUGAACCCAGCGCCCACUGGAGAGUGAAAGACCAGCAGCAUGCGAGGCAGCGUGCCAGAGACAACCUAUCUCUUCAUGGGUGAUUUCGUCGACCGGAGCCACUACAGUCUUGAAACCAUGUCACUACUCCAAGUACUCAAAGCAGGAUAUUCUGCCAAGGUCACGUUGUUGCGAGGAAAUCACGAAAGUCGACAAAAUCACCCAGGUCUACGGGUUCUAUGAUCUGUCUCUGCAUGCACUCUUCACCCCGGUUAAUUCUCCCCAGACGAAUGCCAACAUAAAUACGGAAGCGCCGCAGUACGGAAA